AAAAUGACCAGUGAACAAGAUCCCGAGAAAAAUUUAGCUUCGGAAAAUUUAGAUGAAGGAGAGUACGAGUUUAUUUAUGGCACAGAAGAUGGCAUCUACUCGCAGAGCGAAACCACGCAUAUGGGUGAAGAGGCCGAGGAGGCGACCGAAGAUAUAUUCUCUCAUCUCGGUGAGUCAUCGGAUGAUCCAGAGCAAAAACGUCGUUACAUGGAAUACUUGAGCCUAAUCAAGGAAAUCGAGUGCCAAAAUCAAAUGGUCGAUGAUAUUAAAGCGCAAAUUGUGGAACUUUGCGCCAAGCCUUGUAAGACCAAAUGCGAAAUGAAGGAUAUCAAAAGACUACGCGUAUGCAUGGAGCAGGAGAUGAUAAAGUUGCGUUGCUUGAUGACCAAAGCCAUGGAAUUGCAAAACUACGGGUCUAGACGACGUUACCAUGAGAUACCAGUGGCCACAACCAUCGAUGAAGAUAAUAUGACGCCAUAUGCGGCGUGUACACAACAGCCGCAAACGACUUGGAAGGGUGGCGAGAGCAGUGAAACGGAUAGAUGCGCCUCUGCUGAACCCAAGGAAUGCAAAGACGAAAAGGCUUUGCGUUGUUUAUGCAAAGCGUUGGGCAAGAUGAAGAUUUGCUGUCCAGAAGACAAGAAACUUAUACAAGAAAUCGCCGGUGUGUUGAUGGGACACAAGAAGAAGAAAAGCGCACCACCCUGUCCUCAACCAUGUCCACCUUCGUUACCACCUUGUCGAGGACCAUGUCCACCGUUCGCGAAGCCUUCGAGGAAAAGCAAAAAAUCCACGCUACCCUGUUCGUCUGAUUCUAUGCCUGGAGCGGAUUCUUUGGAGAGACUCAAGCAGAAAAUCACAUGUAUGCAAUCAUCGGUUUGCCAAUUGAAACAGGAAAUAUAUCGACGGGAGCGCGAGAAGCAGCAAGUGUGUGAGCCGGAGGAAGAAAAAGAAGACGUCUGUUCGGAGGAACCCGAUCCCAUUCAGUUUUGCUUAAGCAAACGAACUACAAAAGCCGAUGAAAUGGCCAAACUGAGAGAAAACUAUUUGCACUUGUUGGCAGAAUUUUCGAAAAAAGAUUGCCAACUUAAAGAAAUGGAGAAGCGCCUCAAAGGAUUUUGCGGCAGCUGCAACCACAAUAAUGGUCAAGGCGAAGGUCAAAACACCGACCAGUCCGAAUUAAUAGUGCUCAGGCAACGUGUUGCUGACUUGAAGGAAGAGCAAACAGAAUUCAAGUGUCUAAUGAAGGAACAAUCACAGCAACUGGAGGAUUAUCGCAAUAAAUACUUAGUGGCGCAACAGAAAGUUGAAGAGCAAAGUGUGACUCUGGACAAAUUAAAUAUGAACAAUAAAAGAAUAGAGAAGCAAAUCAACACGGAAGUAAAAGAAAUACGUGCCAAAUUCCAGGAGAAACUCAACGAGCUAUUACACUUCCCCAAACUGUUGGAAAACGAGCAAUUGAAGUUGGCGCAGGCCUGCAAGGAAAAAGAAGAUCUCCAGGGAAAGUUGAUGCUUAUUUGCAAAGAACUAAAGGCACUAAAAGCGCAGACAGAGUCUCCGAAGGACGAAACGGAUUGUCGACCACAAUUGAUGAAAUGUCAACUAGAACUGGAGCAAUGCAAGGCGCGUCUGGAGGAAAUGGAAAGACAACGCGACCUCUUCUGUGAAAAACUCAAGGCCACACAAGAUGAUCUCGACACAUUACGUUCGGAAUCGGCCAAAAUCAUCGCCCGCACUAAGGAACGUGCCGAGGCAAUGAAGUGUCAAAUGCAGGAGCAAAUAGAUCGCCUGGAAAAGGAACUGGCGCAGUGUCGUGCCACUGCCUGUCUAUCUGUCAGUGAUCGUGAAGCCGUUAUACGCGAGAUGCAAGGGCAACUUAAUACACUUUCGUAUAGCUUCGAUGCGGCGCAGAAGCAAAUCAAGACACUACGCAAUCACAUCGCUUAUGUCUCCAAUGAAAAUUGUUUUCCUGUUAAAUGCUGAUCACUUAAUU